GGAGGGGAGGCGGGAGGGCUGGCGGGAGGCGUCGGUACAUAGUCUAGCUGAGGCGCCGUCGCUGGCCACUUCGUCUCUCAGCGUUGUUGACGCGCGCACUGUGCUCGUGACUCGCUGGUCCUUUGCUCAUCCGGCAUCGUGGGGAGGACGCUACACAGUUGUCCACACUCGGUGCUCUCAAGUGUCGUGUUCUCUCUUCCAUUCCCGCCGUAUUUAUUAUAAGUGUCGGGUGCCUCUCGACCUUAAAACUUCUCUGUCCCUUUUCCCCAACACGCUGCACCCAUGUACGAAGAUGCUCACAAGUGGCGCCUCUACAACAAGAAGCGAAAGACUUGACAACUAGUCGUGGUCUGUUGCGUGUGUUCGUGCCCCGUGUGAUAGUUGUCAGCCCUUCAGCGUCAUGAUGCAAACGAUCCCCGCCCCGCCCGUCGCCCCGCAGCCCCAGCACUGUAACGCCCCGGUGCCCUGCCAGCCGGAGAAUGCCAGCCCCUGCCCCUGGACCGGCAGCACGUGGGACUUCGACUACGGCGAGCUCUGGAAAGCCUGGACCGCCGCCGGCAGGGGAGGCUCGGGCCGGGUGAGCUGCAGCAGCAUCGAGAGCAGCAGCAGUUUCGAGGAUUACGUCCUUAGCGACGUCGACGACAAUAACAACGAGAGUAAUCACUACAACAACAAUAACAACAAUAACAACCUCAUCAGUAAGAGUGUCCUCACCACCCCCGCCACCACAAACAACAACAGAGCGCUAGGUGGUCAGGAGGACACCAACAACAACAACGUCCUGGUGCGUAACCCUGAGGAGGAGGAAGACGUGACCAACAACAACAAGCCAAGUGCCGAGGAGGAGGUCAAGAAGGAGGCGAACCGCAGCAAGAACUCCAGCCCCGGCAGGACGCGGCUGCUGGACGAGGAUGGCUUCAUCAGGAGAGCCGCCUGCGUGUGUGUCGACGAGACGGAGUCCAAGGUUCUGCUGGUGUCAAGCAAAAAGGACCCGUGCUCGUGGAUGGUGCCCGGCGGAGGCGUGGAGGCCGGCGAGGAGACGCCCCUGGCCGCCAUCCGGGAGGCGUGGGAGGAGGCGGGCGUGCAGGGACACAUCAAGCGCUACCUCGGGCUCUUUGAGACCCACCAGCAGGGAGGCACCAAGAGGCACAGGACGGCCGUCUUCGUGGUGGCGGUGAAGCAGGUCUUGGCGCAGUACCCGGAGGCUCACCUAGGUCGCAGGCGGGAGUGGUUCACGCUGGAGGAUGCCUUGGCGAACCUAUCCCGUAACAGACCCAAGCAGAGCGCCUAUCUCGAGGUGCUCCUUAAGUCUGCCUGACCUCCUCCUACUCUUCCUCCCUGUGUUCUUGCCUGCUGGAAGGAAGAUGGGCUACAGGAGGAUGAACGGAAGAGCACGGAGUGGUGAUGGUGGUUUUGUAAUGGUGUCUUCGGAGUAUGAUGGGAUGACUUCUACUUCUGACACUGCUACUGCUACUACUGCUAUUACUACUACUGCUACUUUCAUUUCUCCUGCUGUGUCUACUACCUCCACAACUACUACAGCUCCUUCUUCCUGCUCUCACCCGCUUGAUGUGGAGUCCAGCGAAUGUUGAGAAAAAGGAAGAAGGAUUUGGAGGAAUUCAGGCCUUUGGGUGCUGUUAAGGGUCCUGCGUCUUCCUACUCCUCCUACUCAUACUUCUCCUUCUGUUCCUACUUCAUCAUCACUAACAUUCAACUUUUGUUUAUACUCAUCCUCCAGCUUCAUCAUUUCUUCCAAGACCUACUACUACUACUACUUCUACUUCCACUACUACAACUACUGCUACAACUACCAAAUGUGAGGGUCCAGUGCAGUGGUGUUGAUGGUGACUGUGGUGAUGGUGACUGUGGUGAUAAUGGUGGUGGUGCUUCAGACUUAUAAGUGACUAACACCUGUGGCAGCUAAGUUAAGAGGGUGGUAAUGGAAGAAAAAAGAACUAACUGCUUAUCUUCCCCUUCCAUCUCCAACUAUGGGACAACCUUAUGAUAAACUGUGUGCAUGUGCGUUUUCUAAGUUGAGGCUUCUUAUUAAAAUGGACACCAAGGAAGCCAACACAUAUAAACAGUGGAACAUGAACAGUAUAUAUAUAUAAAGAAGGAACCUGCUCAUUCAUACAAUACCAUACAUACAUGCAACCCACCAGGUGUGUAUAUAUGAGAGCAGCAACACCAUAAUUCUUCUUCCUUCACUGUUAAGAGGGCAGAAGACAUUGAAAAGAUGUGAUGUGCGUAAAUAUAUGUUCCUGCUGUUCCUUUUCAAGCCAUGCUGGAGGACGCUGAGGCUGGCUAAAGGGAACUAUAUAGAAAAAGAAGAGAAUCCUGUUCUGCCACACCACACCUUUGAGGCCACACAAACCCACACAUGCCAAGUGAUUACUUUUAUCCUUAUCAACCAUGCCAAUGCAGACUGUAGGAUUAGAUUUUUCUUUACAGUGUAUCUUUAGGCUGCGGCAAAGCCCAUGCACGAGGGACCACUGGAGACCACAACCAACACCCACUGUUCAAACUAACCUUGCAAAUAUGCCCCUCCAUUUCUGUAUUAACUGCACCUCAUUGGACAGUCCUUAUGCAAGACAUGCCCCCUUCUCUCAUCAAACUCCACGAAUUCAAGUCACUUUCUUUUAAGUGUAUUUCACUGGCCAUUCCUCAAAGCCAUGCCUCUCAUCACUACCUCAGACUUCAUGCUGUUGGUGGAUGUUGGGAAAUGUUAAGCCUUACAAGGGUUACUGGGCUUGCAUGGUUGGUUUGAACAGUACUUGUAUUCCUUCUCUCGUAAGGUCGAUAUUGUGAUGCAUUGUGAAUACCAUGUGUGCCUUAUUAGCGGAGCACCUUAUUGCCUCGAGUGCCAAGCGUGCCUGUGUCUGGUGCCGGAAGGAUCAAGUAUGUGUGUGUGUGUCCCUAUGGCAGGUCCCUCGUGGGUAGGACUCGUCUCCGUGCCCUGGGGUGUGUGUAGGACUCCCAGCUGGAGGUGCAUCCUACAGCUUGGGGUCCUACACAGCACCUUGGCUCAUAGUACAAACAUGAGGAACACAAUGAUGGCAGGACAGGAAUGGUGGUGGGAGGGGUGGCUAGUGUUCCACCCUGUCCCCAAUCCUUCCAACCCCUUGUCCUGAUCCUCCAAACCCCUCACCAAUUCUUCCCCUUAUCCUCCCCUGAAGUCCCCUCUCCUUCAACCCCUCCACAAGCCUAUACAAAGUGAGGGUUAGACAGAAUGGUUCUUUUUAUCCUGAUGGUCCACUUUAUUAUGAAUCUUGGAGGGUAGUAAUUGUGUUUAUACCUUGGAGAUAAUGGCAGCUCCUGAAGGAAGAAGAGUAAGAGGCAAAAGAAAAUGACACAGCCAUAUUUCUGUUUGUCUAAGAAAAUAUCUGUGGUGUAAUCAAGCACUUCAUUCCUGUAAUAACCCCUUUAUAUCCUUUCGCUAGGCAUCUGAUACAGAGGAGAAAAGGAGGAUAAGGGUGAGAGGAGGAGGAGAGGUGAGAUGGCCAAACCAGGGGGAUAGGAGAGGUCAGGGGAAACAUGUGUCGCCCCGUCCCCUACACUUUUUUUGAGGCCUAGGACUAGACGAUAACAUGAUAAACAUUACUAUACUAGAGGUUAGCAAGAGAUCCGAGAAUAACAUCGUUUAUACAUAACUAUGACAUAUCUAUUUUUUGUACUGGAUGAUGCCGUUUCCUUUGUUUCUAGUUUAGGAGAAAUGUUAAUAAAAUGUGUAUAUAUCAUUAAAAAAAAAGGAAGAGGCAUCCAUAAUUGUCUUCAUAUGUCUGCCUGUCUGUUUAUAUGUUUGUAUACACCAGAAGAAUAAGGUUAUGAAAGGAAGGCUGUUUAUGUGUUUGUAUGACUACCAAGAGUCCGCUGUUGUCCACUACCCACAUGUUGUUUACUUGUUUAUCUGCAUGGCUUCCAGUUCUCCAUAUCACCAGCAACAGCAACCCAUCCCCAUCCUGACCACAUGACCCUAUUGCAACCUACCCCACCCUCACCCAGUACUCUUCCUUUCCCUUUCCACAUUAUUUCCUACCUCCCUUCUGUAUUCCUUUCCUUCCUCUAUAUCUCCAUUUCAGUUCUCACUAUCUUUCCCUCCUCUUUAAACCUUACUUGCUUCCUUCUUCCCUCAUUUUUAACCAUUUCCCUCCACCUUCCCUUCCGCCUCAGUUCCUCAUCACCACACCCACCCAUCAUGCAUUUCCCCUCAAUUCUCUCCUCCUAUUUUUCCUUCCCUCUCUUUCCUCCCAUUUCCUUCCACAUCAUUCUUCCAACCUUCCUCUCCUCAUCAUUCCCUCCAUUUGAUCUUCCGUCCAUUACAGCCUCUCCCUCUCACUCCCUCUCCUCCUCCAUCACUCUCUCCUCCACCCUCUCCACACCAAUAGAGGGACACUACAUUGGAAUCCUUAAUAAAAAACAAUAAAAACUAAAUUAUUAACAAAACAAGAACCCUAUGGCAUAUACUAUAUUCAGGUGUACAAAGUGUGUGUGUGUGUGUGUGUGUGUGUGUGUGUAUUAAUGAAACUCUCCCUUCUAGCAAACACACAUUGCUAAAAACAUGUCACCUGAUGAAAAAACUAAAGAAAUUAAUGUUUAUGUCGUUCAUUCAAAUGGAUUAAUAUUUACUAUGUAUAAUUUUGAUUGAUGGAUUCCAACAUUUAUUGCAUAAAACAUGUACUAUUGAUUAAUCCUGUACUGAAACACAUUGUCCUCUGUGUGUGUAUGAGAGAGAGAGAGAGAGAGAGAGAGAGAGAGAGAGAGAGAGAGAUGUUCAUUGUAAUACCAAGGACAUGGACAACAUGCCAAAAUACUAUAUUGUUGAAAAAGUCUUUUAUAAUAAAGGAAUCCAAUUA